CUCCUGCAUAUACGCAACUUGUCUCGGGCACAAAGAAGAAGUUUCCGAUCGUACAACGCGUCCACACAUUCACAAACGCGUCGGAACGCGUUGGGACAGCGACGCGUUCUCAGGCUAUAACUAGACGCCCACGCGUCGAAACGGCGUGUUUCCUUCCACUCACCGUUUUGCAAGAUGCCAAAGCGCGAGCCGACGCCUGAGCUGGAGGAUGACUUCAAGUACUUCGUUGUCAAUUACCCUUAUCCGCUACAUGCGAGGAUGGACUCCAUUUCAGAGCGGCACGAACUUGCACAUUGGAUCGCGUCGUGUAUCGGAAAGGAUGACUUGACUGCUGUUUAUUACAAGCCUUCCGCUCCCAAUAUGAUUAUAAUUGAGGUUAUCAAGGCUUGUCCAAAGAUCAACGCCUUCCUCGGAGCUCACAAGUGGCACGAGUUUCUUAGAAACCCCGAGCCGUCUCAGAUCAACAAUGAGAGUCGUGUCUACUACUGUAGAUAUGGCUCUGGCCGCGAUGUUGAAAAGCACGGCUGGAAACGUCUUUACGUCGAGGAUGCUUGGUUCAAGGACUUUGAUCCUAUCGAUGGUCCAUUUGUCACCAAUCCGUACCCAAAGACUAGCUUUUGUGAGGUUCCGCCGGAGACGAAGACUGACUAUGGCCUGUGCCGCCCACUCCCAACGGACGUAUUUCCAAGGCUUAAGCCGUCCAAUAAACAGAACAUAGUUCCCGGUUCUGACGUGUAUGUAAAAAGCAAGGAAGCCGCUACACAGUCUAUUGCUGCACCCGUCCCAGUAAAAAAGGCGUCAGUCAAGACAUGGGCAGGCGUGGUCUCGCCAUCUAAUAGUGUUGCACAUGAUUUAGAACUUGAACGGCCCUCAAAAGUGUCGAUUGCUUUGUCUGGUGGAUCAGGCUUAAUGACUUCAUCUGUUGAAGCUAUCGGUCUUCCGCCAGGCCUCGGUUCACCACCAGGGCUCUCGAUAAAUGUGUCUCAAACAAGCUCGGAGUCCAGUUUCCCAGCUGAAGGCCUUUCAAGUCCUACAAGCUCUACGCAUAGGACUCCUACCAUCGAUGACAUCGCUUCAGAAAUCUCGGCCACGGUAAUCGAGGACCAACAGAAUUCCCACGGCAAGAGCGGCGAUAAUGAAGAUGAAGAGCCUGAUCUUUGGGCAGACCAGCCAGAACGUCGUCAGGAUUGGGAGAAACCGAUUUGUCCAGUACAUGAAGUCUCUUGUCGUGUCGGCGUUUGUAGUGUCAUGGAUGCUAUUGUGAAAAAGAAGAAACGCGAACAGAAGAAAGACGAACUUGGACAGCAGAACCAAGGUGAUGGUGAUGGAUGGUCUUCUGUGAAGCCGAGAGGUAGAGGCAGAGGUGGAGCCCGAGGUCAGGUUGGGGGGCGCAGAGGCUACUCUCGUGGAAACGGAUUUAAGAACAUUGGAGGUGGGUGGGCCUGAGCGGCAGAAUUGUAUAAGCAAAGUUCAAUACAAGUAGUAAAACAUGAAAUUAUCCGCUCCCUUUCUGCUAUCCUGUGGGCUAAAAUAAUGCUGUUUAUAGGAAUGCUUUCCAGAUGCUUUCGUGAAUGUAAUAAUGACUGUACUCUCAAGAGAAAUAAAA